CGCUCCUUCUUUUCCAUACUUUGGCACCACCCGCGCCAGAGCGUGUCGAUUCCUGCCGGCGCCACUCAUUCUCCCUGCGCUAUUGUAACCACGUCGUUUCUCGUUUCGCAUUUCCAUUUUUUCUUUUAUUUCUUUAAUUACCCCCAUCCCCGCCGCCGCGCCCUUUUUCGUGCUGAACACCUUCCCAACGGGCUGACUCCUCAAUUUUAUUUUCUUUAAUUCUACCACCUGCGCACCCUUGCAGUCCAUUUCCCGGACCGCAUCGGAUCAUUCACGAUGAGAGCAUCAACAGCCUGGAGGAGCACUGCCGUCGAAGCGGCCGCCCUCGCCUCCCUGGUCCUCGCGCUGGCCCCGGCGGUAACGGCCACGGCGGCCACGCAACAAACUCCAACGGCCCCGGACUUGCUGCCCGCGGCGGCGGCGCUAGCGUGCGAUAACAUCGUCACGGACCAAGGACGCAAGUACGACCUGCGGCCGCUGGAGGGCCCGCACGUGGUGGUGACGCACGAGUACACGCGGCCGACGUACCACAACACGAGCUACGCGAUUGACGUGUGCGGGGUGCUGAAGAGCAAAGGGAAGGGCAAGGCGGAGGAGAGGUGUCCCGAUGGGACGAGGGUCUGCGCGAUCAAGCACCGCUGGGAUCCCGAGGCCGAUAAGCUUAUCGGCGUGGACCAAGUCAUUCCCAUCGUGGCCGGCGACGAGCAGACAAUAUCGUGGGAGGCGAAGCGGCUGCCCCCUGAAGAGGACGGCGAGGCGAAAAAGGAUGGCGAGAAGAAGGAGGGGCUGCGGCUGACUCUGCAAGGGGCGCUCAAGUACCAGGAGCGGAUCCAGCGAACGGUCAUCGAUUUCAGGUGUAAUCCCGACCUGGAAGGGACCGAGGGGGAGUGGGAGAGCCCGGAUGAGUACGUACCGGGGGAGAAGGAUGCGCGGGCGGAGGAGGACAAGAAGAACAAGGAGGAGGGGGGGGAAGAGGGGGAUGGAAGGAAGGACGGGGACAAGGAGGAGAAAGUGAGCACGCCCGAGAAGCAGCUCAAGAAGGACGGGGCGGCACUCAUCUGGGGCGGCUACAAGCGAGGGAAGGAUGCCGACGGCGGGGAGAUGGACACGCUGUACCUGACAUGGUACACGAAGCACGCCUGCGACGCGGCGGUGGAUGAGCCGGCCGAGGAGAGCAAGGGCUCGAGCUUCUUUACCUGGUUCGUCGUACUAUUCUUUCUGGCCAUCGCAUCCUACCUCAUCUUCGGCUCGUGGCUCAACUACAACCGGUACGGCGCGCGUGGUUGGGACCUGCUCCCGCACGGCGACACCCUCCGCGACGCCCCCUACAUCAUCAGGGACCUUGUUCGCAGGAUACUGAACACGCUGCAGAGCACGGGCAGCAGGGGUGGGUAUUCGGCUGUCUAGGGGCCCCGCCUGCCCCCUUUAUUAUAAGAGUCAUGUGAAAGGGAACAUGGUACGGGGAUUUCUUUUUUGGGGGUGGUCUGAGGUCAUGUUCUAAUGAAUCUCCCUUCCCGGUUGAGAGGACGUAGAGCCGUCGAGCGUGUGGACAUUUUUUUGGAUGGGUAGCGUUGGUUU